AUGCCAAGAGGUAUCAUUACGUUGCAGCUGGGUCAGUGCGGAAAUCAGAUUGGGUUUGAGUUUUGGAAGCGACUGUGUCUGGAACAUGGCAUCUCACCGUCGGGAAUGUUGCGAGAGUUUGCCAGCGAUGGUAUCGAUCGGAAGGAUGUGUUUUUCUAUCAAGCGGAUGAUGACCACUACAUUCCUCGGGCGGUUCUGCUGGAUUUGGAACCGCGUGUGAUUCAUUCGAUCAUGACUUCACCGUACGCGAAGCUGUACAAUCCGGAAAACGUAUACCUGUCGAAGGAUGGUGGCGGUGCUGGAAACAACUGGGCUUCCGGGUUUAGUCAGGGUGAAAAACUGCACGAGGAAGUCUUCGACAUCAUUGACCGGGAAGCGGACGGAAGUGACAGUUUGGAGGGAUUCGUGCUGUGUCACUCGAUUGCUGGCGGUACCGGAUCCGGUAUGGGAUCUUACAUCAUGGAACGGCUUUCGGAUCAUUUCCCAAAGAAGCUCAUCCAGACGUACAGUGUGUUCCCGAAUCAGGACGAAAUCAGCGAUGUGGUGGUGCAACCGUACAACAGUCUGCUGACGCUGCGCCGACUGACCAGCUGUGCCGACUGUGUGGUCGUGCUGGACAAUACCGCGCUGAAUCGCAUCGCGACCGAUUGGCUGCAUCUGGAGAAUCCCAGCUUCGCCCAAAUCAACACGCUCGUGUCGACCAUCAUGUCCGUCAGUACGACCACCCUUCGCUACCCGUCCUACAUGAACAACAACCUGAUCGAGCUGAUCGCACCGCUUAUUCCCACGUCCCAGCUACACUUCCUCAUGACCGGCUACACACCACUCACGACCGAAUCGGACACCCAAUCGGUGCAGAAAACGACCGUGCUGGAUGUGAUGAGACGCUUGCUGCAGCCGAAAAACAUGAUGGUUUCGACCGGGCCGGACAAAACCAACCAUCAUCGGUACAUUUCCAUCCUGAACAUCAUCCAGGGCGAGGUGAACCCUUCGCAGGUGCAUCAGUCGAUACAGCGUAUCCGGGAGCGCAAGCUGGCCCAGUUCAUACCGUGGGGUCCGGCCAGUAUUCAGGUGGCAUUGUCACGCAGCAGUCCGUAUGUGCAGAGCAGCCACCGAGUGACGGGUUUGAUGUUGGCCAAUCAUACCAGCAUCUGCUCGCUGUUCGAACGGGCACUGGGACAGUACGACAAGCUGCGUAAGCGUGGUGCCUUCCUGGAUCAAUUCAAGAAGGAGGACAAGUUUAAGGACGAUCUGAGCGAAAUGGACGAGGCGCGUGAUGUUGUGGAUGCGCUCGUGCAGGAGUACGAGGUGGCAACGAAGGAGAAUUACCUCAGCUGGCAUGGAAGCCGUGCAGCUGGUGGCGCAGGAACAAACCAGUAA